AUGUGUUAUACGAUUAAUAAAGCGGAAGGAAUAGAUGACCGCCGAAGGGAUUAUAUAAUUACUAAGGCUACCGAAUCGAACGAGCAUUGUAAAGAAACUUUAAAGAAAUUUGGGGUGUUAGCAAUCAGUAGCGAGUUGAUAAGAGUUUUUAUUGAAAAAGGAAGAGUGAUAGACCGAGCCAAAUAUGGAUCCCAUGCUGUCUGUCCCACCGGCGAUUUACAUAUCGGUGGAGUUCGAACAGCCCUUUUUAACUAUCUUUUUUCGAAACAAAAUAACGGUCAAUUUAUUCUCCGAAUUGAAGAUACCGACACUGCCAGAAAUCAAAUAGAAUAUAUCGAUAAGCAGUAUCAAGACUUAUUGUGGCUUGGUCUAAAACCCAAUGAAUCAAUUUUCCAAAAAGGAGAAUUCGGUCCCUAUUGUCAAAGCCAAAGGCUAGAUAUUUAUCAAAAAUAUAUCCAAAAAUUAGUGGCGGAAAAAAAAGCCUACUACUGUUUUUGUUCCAAAGGGGAAUUAGAAAAAGAAAGAGCCGAAUAUUUAACUAAAAACGAAAGAAGCAAUUAUCAGUAUUCCCGAAAGUGCUUAAAAUUAGGUGAAAAAGAGGUUAAAUUAUUACUCCGAAAUCAAAAAGAGUAUGUGAUUCGUUUCCGUGUCCCCCAAGAAAAAAAUUACCACUUGAAAGAUUUGGUAAGGGGUGGAGUAAUGUUUGGCGGGCAAGAUAUUGAAGAUUUUGUUAUCUGUCGCGGAAGUGGUAUGCCUUUGCUUAAUUUGGCAGUAGUUGUAGAUGACUACUGCAUGAAAAUCAGCCAUGUUUUACGAGGUGAAGAACAUUUGCCUAAUACGGCUAAACAACUGGUUUUAUAUGAGGGAGAAAAAUACCAUCUAGAACCCGAAAAAAAAGGACAAGUAAGGAAAAUCGCUUCAUUAUUUCGUCCUCACUUAAAUUACUUUCAAGAAUUAAUUGAUUUAAGCAAAUACUUUUUCCAAGAACAAGAGUCGUCGCAGAUUGAACUUAACUUGUCUUUGCCCCAAUUAGAACAAUUAAAAGAAGUGAAAAAAAUGUUAGCAAACUUAAAGGAAUGA